AUGAAUUUUAUAAAUAGAGAAUUCUGGACACCUGGGAAGGGAAGAGAGCUUGCGGAAAAGUAUGAAAAGAGCAUAAUCAUGAUUUCGUUGAUAUACAUACCCGCAAUCUUAAUAUUCCAAAAUUAUAUGAAAAAAAGAAAUGCAAUUGAAGUGAAAUUUAUAAAGAUAAUAUGGAAUUUAACCUUAUCUUUCUUAUCAUUUAUUGGAGCGUUAUUGAUAGCUAUACAUGAUAAAGAAGUUUUAAAAAAUUUGAUUGUAGAAGAAUAUGAAUACAGCCCAGAAACAAGAGCAGUAAUAGCAAUAUUUACUCUUACAAAAAUUGUAGAAUAUGGGGAUACAAUAUUUUUAGUUUUGAAAAAAAAAAAAUUAACAUUUUUACAUUUCUAUCAUCAUUUAAGUGUUGUUAUAUAUUGUUUAUAUUCUCAAAAAGAACUGGUGUCUCAUGCUCAUUAUUUUGUUUUUCUAAAUCUGAUCGUUCAUAGUAUUAUGUAUUUUUAUUUUGGCUUUAUAUAUAUUAUACCGAGACAAAUUUAUAAGAUACGAAAAUUUAUUACAUAUUUACAAAUAUGUCAAAUGCUUAUGGGAAUAUUUAUAUCUUAUUAUGCUAUGAAAAAUGUGGAAAAUAAGGUAUAUCUUACUAAUGCCAUUGCAAGUUUUGCUUUAUAUAUUACAUAUGCAAUUUUAUUUUUAAAUUUUUAUUUUACUAAUUAUUAUAGUAAUAUUAAAAGUAAUGUAGCUACUUAUCUUAUAAGUAUACAUAUAAUGGGUGUUAUAGGAUUUAUAAUGAUAUGUAAGAGUAAUGAUAUGUUAAGGUUAUUUAUAGAAGUUAUUAUAGGAUGCAUAUUCACAUUAACAUUGUUAAAUUUUUCAUUUUAUUUUAAUAAGCAUUAUUAUAAAGUGAUAAGAAAUAAAAUAUCUGAAAACAAUUUUUAUGAACAAAGAGAUCUUUUUAACAAAUACAAAAAAAAAUAUUAUUCAAAUAUGGCUGUUUUAAAAAAAAAAAUUACAAUUAAUAUGAUAAAGACAUGUUUAUUAUGUUUUAACGGAUUGGCAACAUAUGCACAUGAUCAUAUAUUUCUUUUUGUGAAUUUUUAUUCUGAAAAAAUUAAAAAAGUGACAAAUGAUUCGAAAAUGGACAACCCAGAAAAACCAAAUGAACAAAUUAUUAUAAAUCGUCAUGGAAACACACAACAGAAUCGACUGAACUCAUCCUACGUAGCAACAGAGCAGGCUAAUAGUAACAUAAAUAAUAUGGGCAAUAAAGGAAGCGAUGAUAAUGCCAAUUCUGACACUAAUAAGCAUUUCAGUAAUGAUGCCAGUAGUAAUGGCAAUAGUUGUGGCAGUAAUGUUUAUAAUCGCGGCUGUAAUAACGUUAACUUGCGUAAAAUCAUAUAUAAUAGCAAAAAUAAUAAUAUAAAAAAUGAUAUAAAAAAUGAUAUAAAAAAUGAUAUAAAAAAUGAUAGAAAAAAUGAUAGAAAAAAUGAUAUUAUUAAUAGCAGUAACUACAGUAAUAGCAGCGGUGGUAAGCAAAAAAGCGGCAUUCAUAAAUUAUUUAUGCUGAUAAAAGAUCUGUACAGUUCAUCUAUAAUUUCUUAUAUCAUAUGUAAAUCGCCCAUCGAAAAUAUUUCCUUAAAUAUGGAAAAGACUAUAACACAUCCAUCUGAGCGUUCAACAAUAUAUGCAAAUAACAGCUUUUUUCAUAUAAUAAAACAAACCAUUCAAAAUUAUUUAUUAUACAUUCUCUGUUUAAUACUACCAAUAUACUAUGGACUAAAAGUUUACAACGAUGCUGUGCUAGGCUUGUGUGUACACGGAGCAUUAAGGUGGCUCAUCGAAAUAUACUCAACCAAAAUAUUUAACAAAACCAGCAAGUGCAAUUCGUAUUAA